AUGGAGAUGGAGAUGGAGGUGCAGAGAGACAGGAGGGGGUUUGGUGCUACGCGCCCCGGCCAACAGUGGAGGAGGAGGAGGAGGACUGCGGGGAACACAAAGCUGGUGCCGAGGAGCAGCAGCCCGGUCAGUGUGUACGUCGAGCUCCCGUGCGUCAUUGAGCAAGCUUUUUCAACAAUCGCCUGGGAUGAUUUGGAGGACUGCGCGUCCGCGGUGAGACUGCAGGGCGACUCCAUCGGCUCUCAGGUGAACGAAUCUGAUGGAGAUGAGCAAGACUUCGGAGAUUAUGCGCUGGAUUUCAUGGCAGAUUCUCCUGCCACCCUGGAGAGCAGUCUUUCAGCUGAGAUGGUACCAUUCCAGGGAUGCGUCCUACCCAUCCUCACCCCUCAGCGGUGCUUCUCUUCAGGGGGCGGUCUGGUCCACUUUUCAACAGGAGAAGGCGCCCCACCCUCCCAGGAUGGAGCCCCCUGGCAGGGCAUCGCUCAGUACCAGCACAGGGCGUUGGGAGAUUCCAUGGAAGUCAACAAACAGCUCCAUGAGACUCUACAGCGACGACAGGACGAGAUCGACUCCCUCCAGGAGAGGAACCGUCCCCUCAGACAGCUGGCCAGCCGCGCAAAGCACCUGGCCUCAGUGCUAGAAAAACUGAUGACAAUCAGCGACCCACAUGUGAGGGAGCCAGCGAUGCCCUGCGGAGACCAAACCUCCCUGAGUCCCUGUAAGCGUCAGCGACUGGACGAAGGAUACGAAACAGAGUCCUCAGACUCAGUGGAGGACAUGCUGAGGGACAUCAGCACGCGCUGCAACGCCGUCCUGCACGGCGCUAAUGCUGGUUCCAGAACACCGCAGGAACCAGAGACUAUACGCAUGCACGGCUCAUUCUCAGGCCUGCAGACUUCUGUUUCCAGCAGCUCUGCGGCGGACAGAGCAGAGCCCGAUGAGAUAUUCUCGUCCUUUAGAACUUCCAUCCAAGAACACUGCACCAUGAGGACUCGGGUACUUCCUCACGGACGGGCCUUCACCUCCAGGACUCAGCAAGGGGGGUACCGCUUCCGCUGGGUUCCCAACUGA